AUGGGGUUCCAUAACAGAGCCCUUCUCUCCAAGUUGGGAUGGCAAAUCCACUCCAAUCAAGAUCUUUUGUGGGUUCGGGCUCUAAAAGCUAAAUAUUUGGGCAAUUACAAUUUUUUGGAUGCUCCUAUUAAGAAUGGGUCCUCUUGGCUUUGGAAAGGUAUUCUCAAGAAUAGGCUUAUUAUUGAGAAAGGGGCAUGCUGGGCAGUUUCUAGAGGCUUGGAUCUCAACAUUUGGUCUUCCCCAUGGAUCCCUUCCUUACCUGGCUUUAAACCUACCCCAAAUCCUUCUUCUUCCCCUCUCCCUAACCUUAAUGUUUCUGACCUUAUAGAUAGGAAUAACAAUUCUUGGAAUUCCUCUCUAAUCCAUGAACUUUUUGAACCAUUAUCAGCCUCCCAAAUUCUCAACAUCCAUCUUCCUAUUUCCAUUAGAAAUGACAAGUUAAUUUGGGCCCCUUCCCCCACAGCUAAGUUCUCUGUCAAAUCAGCCCAUGAAUUGCUUAUUCAUUCACAAAAUUCCAGAAUUCCUCCCCUAGACAAUGAUGAUUGGAACCUUCUUUGGAGCCUAAAACUUCAACAUAGACACAAACACUUUCUUUGGAAACUGUGCUGGAAUGCCCUUUAUGUUAGAGAAAACAUUGGGAGUUUUGUCUCUCAUUCAGAUCCGGAGGUGUGGGAUUGCCCUCUUUGCCAUGGUAAUGUGGAAUCUCAGCACCAUCUUUUCUUGGAUUGUCCCUUUGCCAAGAUUAUUUGGAGAAACCAAAAAUGGCCCUUGGAUACUACUGCCUUCAGCAAUAUUUCUAUUCCCUCUUGGAUUAGAAUUUUGCUUAGGCCACACUCUAUGCUUGGCAUCCCCUUUGAGGAAGUUUUUGAAUUCCAAUUGACUGCAGUGAUUUUUCUAGACCAGAUUUGGUUUGCCCGUAACCAAUUGAUUCACAAAAAUAUCACUCCAGUAAUCUCCAACACUUUGAAGUCCAUCUCAAAUGUCAUCCGGACACAUCUUCAAGCUUGGAAAGCAUCUUCAUUUGGUCAAUCCAUUUGGCAUCCUCCUCCUACAGGUUCUAUGAAAAUUAACUUUGAUGUUGCUACUAAUGCUUAUUUUUCAGUAACUGCGGCUGUCCUAAGCAACUCUUCGGGUGACAUCAUCUCAGCAUUUACUAAAAAAUUGAUUUCCACUGACGUGAACAAGGGAGAAUCCAUGGCAGCUCUUACCGGGAUUGAUCUUGCUAUCUUACAAGGCUGCAACAAUUUGUUGAUUGAGGGUGAUUCUUUGGUCUCUAUCUUAGCCAUUAACAAUCAGAAUCUCUUCACCGAAUGGACCAUUGCUCCAAUCAUUGCCGACAUUCAGUUGAAACUUCAGCAUUUUCAAGUUUGGAAUGCUACAAAAGUUUCUAGAAGUGCAAACUUUCGUGCGUACCACCUCGCCAAGUGGGCCGCUACCAACCUUGUGUUUGGUAGCAUUCCCAAUUCCUCUUCCAUCUUAUCUUCUAUUAGAAUUAAUAGCGGGAAGGAUCCCCCUUUGUAA